ACGGUUGAUGAUUAAUCAUCAAAAAUUCAAGUUUUGUGUACACCGCAGUUUGGAGCUUUCCGGCGGAAAAAUUCGGAAUAUCCUGUAUUUCAGAUGAAACGGAAACAGUGGGGCUCCUUCGAGGAUGGAAGUGACAAGAAGAAAGAACUUUCCAGCACCGAAAUCAUUCUACCCAUGACGAAGAUGGAAAAAUUCCAACAGAUAAAGCUACCCUACACAAUCACCCGGGAUACUCGGCUUCCGCUGAAGAAUCCUCUGGUAACUCAAACGGUCGAAGUGAUGAACCAAACCGAGAUGAUUCAAACGCUCAUCGACACGUAUUCCACCAAAUCAGGCUACAGCUACAUACUGAAUCCGUGCCAGUUGAUGCCGAACAUCGAUUUCCCGCCGGCCAACACAGCCGAUCUGUGCAGGAACGAGAAAAUCACCCGCCCCUUUUGGUUUGUUCACCCGCACGACAGUAAAUUUACCCGCGGCGAACCGAAAAACUAUCCCAAGCUGACCCGACCGGUGCUGAUGCAGGUGCACCGGAAGAUCAUUUGCGGUUUGUUGCGGGUGGCCGGGUUUUCCGAGAUCAACGAGUCGGCCCUAAUCAUGAUGGUGGAUGGCGUGGAUCAGUAUCUAAGGAUGCUCUGUGAAGCGAUGCGCGAUGUCCUGGUUAGCGAGGGACGGGAAAUCGAGUCCUGUCUGGAUGUGCUGACGUUGGAGAAAGGCUACCAUUCGGUAACUAAGCGGAGCGUGACCAGUCUGCACAACUACUACAAAGAGCUGGGAAACAGGAACAAGAACGAAAUCAGGGAAUUCAAGGACAUUUUCCAGGAGUACGAUAAGUUGCUGCAGGAGAAUCACCUGUCGGCGGCGCAAAGUUUGCAGUCCAGCAGCAGCAGCCGGGAAAUCAAGGAGGAGGAUUACAUGAGCUUUCUGGACCCCGGUCAGUCGCAGUCCUCGCAAGGAGGCGCCAAUAUGACGGGAAUGACCGCCGAUGGGACCUCUGCCGCCAUCAAUAUCAUCAGUUUCCUGAACGGAGAAGGGGCCGGAUCUGGUCUAAAGGAUAUUCUUGAUGGUAGUUUGUUAGAAUCGACCCGCGAUUCCUCCGCCGUGGAGCAUAUCGGUCAGCAGCAUUCGCAAGAAUCGUUUCAUUCGGAAUCGUGAAAUAAUAGGUCAUCUUUGAAAUGAAUUUCCAUUAAACAUGCAGGUAUUUAAUCAUGA